AUGACCGAAAUCCGAGAUGCUGUUUUUCCCAAAAUUGAAAGAAACAUAGACGUUGCCCAGCAGAAGCAAAAGCAACAAUACCUUAAAAGGACAGGAGGUCUGAAGUUUACCUUCAAUAAUGGCGAUACUGUUCUGCGGAGAAACAUGCUGCAGAAGACAUCAAAGGGGCACAAGAUGGAGGACCAAUGGAUUGGGCCAUAUACUGUAGAAGGACUUGAUCUGGUGAAGGGAACAUGCAAACUACGAGCGAAAGACAGAAGACUACUGCAAAGAAAAAUUAAUCUAAAAGACCUUAAAUUGUAUAGGGAGCAGUCCACGUCACAAACACCUUCAAAUGAUGCCCUACUACAGGAAUCCUCAGCUCAACAAUACCCUACACGACCCCAAGACAGUAUAUCAGCUGUACCACAAAAUAACCAGUCGGGGGUAUCGAGUGUGUGGCAACCUACACAAUCCACUCAGCUGAGUGGUGCAGCAGUACAACAACCUGCCCCAACACCAACAACAAGUCAGCCCGAUGUACCAGCCACUCACAGAACAGCCCAAUCAACAAGUCAACCGAGAGGAGCAGGGGUGCAACAACCUGUCAGAAUAACAACAACAAGUCAGCCCGGUGGGUGGGCCACUCAAAGACCAACCCCAUCAACGAGUCAGCCGGGAGGAGCAGGGGUGCGACAAGCUGCCCCAAUGCCAACAACAAGUCAGCCCAGUGGACCAGUCACUCAAAGACCAGCUCCAUCAACGAGUCAAGCGAGAGGAGCAGGGGUGCGACAACCUGCCCAAAUGCCAACAAGUCAGCCCAGUGGACCAGUCACUCAAAGACCAGCUCCAUCAACGAGUCAAGCGAGAGGAGCAGGGGUGCAACAACCUGCCUCAAUGGCAACAACAAGUCAGCCCGGUGGACCAGUCACUCAAAGACCAGCCCCAUCAACGAGUCAGCCGGGAGGAGCAGGGGUACAACAACCUGUCCGAAUACCAAGUACAAGUCAGCCUGGCGGACCAGCCACUCAACGACCAGUUACAUUGACAAGUCAGCCGGGAAGAGCAGGGGUGCAACAACCUGCCCCAACACAAACAACAAGUCAGCCGGGUGGACCAGCCAUUGAAAGACCAGCUCCAUCAACGAGUCAGCCGGGAGGAGCAGGGGUGCAACAACCUGCCUCAAUGCCAACAACAAGUCAGCCCAGUGGACCAGUCACUCAAAGACCAGCCCCAUCAACGAGUCAGCCGGGAGGAGCAGAGGUGCAACAACCCGUCCAAAGACCAGUCCCUUCAACAUAUGACCAACGAGGAGCGGGAGUAGCAGAACCUGCCCCAAAUACAAACGAGUCCAUCGGAGCAGCUAUAGCGCCUCCCUCAACAUCAAGCAACCUGGGUGAAGAAGCUGUACGGCAGGCCCCUCUGCUAGGAAAUUUGCAUGGAGCAAGAGAUUUUCGCAGCUUAAGUAACAAACUCAAGGCCAUAACUGAACAGGACAUCAUUGUCAGUUUCAAUGAAGUCAUACUGGGUGUUUUGUCAAGCAUACUUGAUGGGACUAACAACAGCUGGCGAUACAAUGUUUACUGUCGUAAAACUUCUUUGGAAGGGGUUGAAACCAUUGACAGAGAUGACCUGAAAUUUAAUGUCACAUUUGGUGAUUUUGAUGAAAACCAAGCUUAUGCUAUGCUUCAACUAAUUGCAAAACACUUUCCAAAGCUUCCAAGUACGUGCCUAACAGAAGUACUGCUGCCUGAGGCACUUGUCCACCUGUGCUGCCAUCGACUAGAUAUGACCUAUGACCAGGCAGAAACAUUCCUAUCCCUUGGUGGUGAGGACGAAUUGGGGGACUUCAUGGCACACCUGAAAAAUAAAGUAGACAAGAAAACCAAAAAGAAAAGAAAUAACUUUGGACAGAAAAGAAAAAACUGUGCACAGGACGGGGAAGUAGAGUUUAUAAAACGUUGUAAGAUGGAUGAGCAAGCAAUCCUCAAGAUGCAGAGGCCAAAGUUUAACCUGGAACCGGAGGAUAGUGCAAUAAGCAAAACUGCAAUGCUUACUGACAAGCACAUUCAAAUGGCACAGGAACUGUUACAUCGCCAAUUUCCUCACAUAGAGGGACUGAUGUCUCCUUCAAUAUCAACUGUCCAACAGUUUCCAGUAAUGAGACAGGAAUUUGUCCAAGUUCUUCACACUGGAGGGCUUCACUGGGUCACCGUGAGUACUAUUGGAUGUAAGGGGAACAACAAAGUCAACCUAUAUGACAGCCUCUACCAUGGUAUAUCUCCCCAGAAUGAGGAGCAGAUAGCAUCCCUUCUCUUUGUUGAUAAUGCUGAACAUAUUGAGGUAUCUAUUCCACCAGUUGUUCAGCAGACCAACGGGACCGACUGUGGAGUAUAUGCCAUAGCAUUUGCCACAGCUCUGUGCAACAACCUAGACCCAACAUCUCUUAAGUUCAACAGACGGGCAAUUAGAGAUCAUCUUUGGCAAGCAUUACAGUGUGGACACUUGAGCAUGUUCCCAUUUGAGAAGAGGAGGCCACAAGAUCAAAACAAGCUUGUCAAAAUCAGUGUCUACUGCGAAUGCCGCAUGCCAUACAACCCCCCAAAAGACAAAAUGGCAGAAUGUACAGGGUGCAAAAAGUGGUUCCACAAAGAAUGCCAACAGAUCGCUGACAAAGUCUUCAAAUUUGCCAGAUUUCAAUGGAGGUGCAAAACGUGC